AAAUAUUCUAAGUUUUUUCUGGUCAUAAUCGCUGCUUAAAACAGGAGAAUGAGCGUGAUCAAGUCCAUAUUUCUGCUCAGUAUUUUGGCUGUCUGCCUCAUCCCACGGGAAACGGAGGCCCAGGCCACUAUUGGUGAAAGCUGGGGAAGGUUGGGCAAGUGUACUCAGGUGGGCAUCGAAACACUGACCAGCCUGGCCAACAAAAUCGUCCCGACCGUUUAUGAGUUGAAACAAUGCUCCGGAUACGUAUCUUUGGAACCGCCAAACGGCAAAGACAGGAAGAUUACCUGGUACCUUAAGGUAUCCUAUGAGUUCUUCAAGAAACUGGUCUUUGACGAGCCCAAAUGUCUGCGCAGUCUACUGACCAAGUUAGGUGCCACAAUCAAACCAUUUGCCGAGCAGAUAUCGGGACUGGGUUGCUUGGACGAAGAAGAUUAUAUCAUUUAAAAAGAAAAGUGUGCACAUUACAUAAAUAAAUCGAGAGCAAUAUGGGGUCUCAAAUGUCAGCAAGGAAAA